UUCCGGAAAGCACGGAUAACAAAAUCAAACCAAAAUAAUUUUAGUGAAUGGUUUAUAUUUAAAUUCCGGAAAGCACGGAUAAAAAAGAUUGUCCGAAGCCCCUAUAUUUACAUUUCGCCUCAAGUCCAAUUCUUUAGACUCUUUCACUUUCUCAUCACUCCCUUUUCUUCUAUACUCCUUUCCUCCUUCAGCCGCCGAUCUCCUCCAUGGCUCCGAUUGCUGUCGGCGAUGUUGUACCAGACGGAACCAUCUCCUUCUUCGACGAGAAUGAUCAGCUCCAGUCCGUCUCCGUUCACUCUCUCGCCGCCGGUAAGAAGGUCAUUCUCUUCGGUGUCCCUGGUGCUUUCACUCCCACUUGCAGCAUGAAGCAUGUUCCUGGAUUCAUUGAGAAAGCAGAGGAGCUUAAAUCAAAGGGUGUUGAUGAGAUCAUUUGCUUUAGCGUGAACGAUCCAUUUGUGAUGAAGGCGUGGGGAAAGACAUACCCAGAGAACAAGCAUGUCAAGUUUGUAGCGGACGGGUCUGGUGAAUACACACAUCUUCUUGGACUCGAGCUUGACCUGAAGGACAAGGGUCUUGGUGUUAGGUCAAGGAGAUUCGCUCUGUUGAUCGAUAACCUCAAGGUGACUGUAGCCAACGUUGAAUCCGGUGGCGAGUUCACGGUUUCGAGCGCCGAUGAUAUCCUCAAGGCACUCUAAGGAACUUUAUUAUCCUAUGUUGUAUUUUGUGUAUGUGUAAAACCGCUGCAUGUGAAAGUAGAGGAUUUUCUAGCUUGAUUUCAGACACGAAGCAGGCAUAAUAAAGCGGUAGUGUCUUUUUCUUAAUUUGCUCUGUGGCGUAAUAAUAAAGUACUUGGUGUUUUCUGAUUUUUAAUAAGAGACAUUUACGAGGGAAGACACUUCUAAGAUUAUGUUUACAAAAUAAGACACUUUAGGGUAAUGAGGCACUUUGACUCACUGUUUAUGCUUGAACUGUCUAUUUUGCUCUUAAUGAAGUAUUGUUAGUUUGA